AUGGCAGAGCCUUCGCUGCCCCUCUCCUUCCUCUGCCUCCUCGCCUUGUCCUCUGCGUGCUACAUCCAGAACUGCCCCCGAGGUGGCAAACGGGCGCUGAGCGACACAGCCCUGCGGCAGUGCCUGCCCUGCGGUCCGGGCAACAGAGGCCGCUGCUUCGGGCCCAGCAUCUGCUGCAGUGCGGAGCUCGGCUGCUACAUGGGCACGGCGGAGGCUCGGGGCUGCGCUGAGGAGGACUCCCUGCCCGGGCCGUGCCGGGCGGGCGGACAGCCCUGCGGCACCGGCGGCCGCUGCGCUGCGCCCGGCGUCUGCUGCGGCCCCGACACCUGCACCAUGGACACCUCCUGCUUGGAUGAGAGCAACGACGAGGGUCAGGAUGCAGCAGAGAAGAACCUGACGGUGCUGGAUGGCUCGGCUGGAGACCUGCUCCUCAAGCUCAUGCACUUGGCAAACCGGCAGCAGCAGGGCAAGCAUCCCUCCCUCUGA